AUGUCCCAAGGCCGUAUCUUACCACUUGAGUUAAUUGACAAAUGCAUUGGUUCUAAGCUCUGGAUCGUGAUGAAGGGCGAUAAAGAAUUUCUUGGGACACUUCGAGGAUUUGACGAUUACGUGAACAUGGUAUUGGAUGACGUAACGGAGUACGAGAUUACUCCGGAUGGAAAGCGUGAAGUAAAGUUAGACCAAGUUCUGCUCAAUGGAAACAACGUCUGCUUGCUUGUGCCCGGAGGAUUCCCGACAACGUCCUAG